AUGUCUUCUUCUGGGAAGUUGCGUCUGUGCUUGCUAAUCCCUCGCAAGAAGGGCAUAACUGAGGAGGAGUUCCAUAGACAUUGGGCAAAUAUUCAUGGGCCGUUGGUAACUGAUUGGAUGAGCAAAUAUGGUGUUAUAGUCUAUAAUCAGUUCCACCGAGUACAGCACACAUCAGAAGCUAUUGGAAAUCCGCCCCAGUAUGAUGGAAUAGCUGAAAUCACUUUCAGUCGUUAUGAGGAUAUGGAAGCGGCAUACAAGGACAAAGUAUAUCUAGAGAAGAUUCGACCAGACGAGCUGAGGUUCAUUGAUUUCGACAAUAUUGUCUUCAGCAUGGGUAGGGAUCUGACAGUAGUCCAAGAUGGAAAGGUUGUUCUGCCAGUAGAGACUGGUUAUUGA